AUAUGACCCAGACAUUUUGUUAGGCUAUGAAGUCCAGAUGCAUUCCUGGGGUUAUCUCUUACAGAGGGCCGCUGCACUAAAUGUUGAUUUAUGCCAGAUGAUUUCUCGUGUGCCAGAUGAAAAGAAAGAGAACAGAUUUGCGGCUGAGCUGGAUGAAUAUGGAUCAGAUACAAUGAGUGAAAUAAAUAUUGUUGGUCGAAUUAUGUUAAAUGUGUGGAGAAUGAUGAGAAAUGAGGUGAAUCUAAUGAAUUACACUUUUGAAAACGUGGGCUUUCAUGUUCUUCAUCAACGUUUUCCUUUAUUUACUUUCCGAGUUCUGUCUGACUGGUUUGAUAAUCAGACAGAUGUCUGCAGAUGGAAAAUGGUUGAUCAUUAUGUUAGCCGUGUCCGUGGGAAUCUUCAGUUGUUACACAAACUGGAUUUGAUUGACAGGACAAGUGAAAUGGCAAGACUUUUUGGCAUUCAGUUCUUACAUGUAUUAACAAGAGGCUCCCAGUACCGCGUGGAGUCCAUGAUGCUGCGAGUGGCCAAGCCGAUGAACUACAUCGCCGUGACGCCAAGCGUGCAGCAGCGGGCGCAGAUGAAGGCCCCGCAGUGCGUGCCCUUGAUCAUGGAGCCCGAGUCCCGCUUCUACAGCAACGCCGUUCUCGUGCUGGACUUCCAGUCCCUCUACCCUUCCAUCGUCAUAGCUUACAACUACUGUUUUUCAACCUGCCUGGGACACGUUGAAAACUUAGGAAAAUAUGAUGCAUUCAAAUUUGGCUGUACCUCUCUCAGAGUGCCUCCUGACUUACUUUACCAGAUUAGGCAUGAUAUCACGGUGUCACCCAGUGGAGUAGCUUUUGUCAAGCCUUCAGUAAGAAAGGGUGUGCUGCCAAGAAUGCUGGAAGAGAUCUUGAAGACUAGGAUAAUGGUGAAACAGUCAAUGAAGGCUUAUAAGCAUGACAAGGCCAUCACUCGAAUGCUUGAGGCUCGUCAGCUGGGUCUUAAAUUUAUAGCUAAUUUUACAUUUGGUUAUACUGCUGCUAGUUUUUCUGGAAGAAUGCCAUGCACUGAGCUUGGGGACAGCAUUGUCCACAAAGCCAGAGAAACGCUGGAACGUGCCAUAAAACUGGUGAACGAUACAAAGAAGUGGGGUGCCCACGUGGUGUACGGUGAUACUGACAGCAUGUUUGUACUCUUGAAAGGAGCCACGAAGGAGCAGUCUUUUAAGAUUGGUCAAGAAAUUGCUGAAGCUGUAACAGCAACAAACCCCAAACCUGUUAAACUGAAGUUUGAAAAGGUCUACUUGCCAUGUGUCUUGCAAACUAAAAAGAGGUAUGUGGGUUACAUGUAUGAAACACUGGACCAGAAGGACCCAGUAUUUGAUGCAAAAGGCAUAGAGACAGUCCGAAGGGACUCCUGUCCUGCUGUUUCCAAGAUACUUGAGUGUUCUAUCAAGCUGCUAUUUGAAACACGGGAUAUCAGCCAGAUCAAGCAGUACGUUCAGAACCAAUGCAUGAAGUUGCUGGAGGGAAAAGCCAGCAUGCAGGACUUCAUCUUUGCAAAAGAGUACAGAGGGAGCUCAGCUUACAGACCGGGGUCCUGCGUGCCAGCCCUGGAGAUCACCAGGAGGAUGCUGGCCCACGACCGCCGCUCCGAGCCGCGGGUUGGGGCACGGUGGGUGCCCUACGUCAUCGUGUGCGGCACACCCGGGCUGCCCCUGAUACAGCUGGUGAGGCGGCCCAUCGAGCUCCUGCAGGACCCCAGCCUCAGGCUGAACGCCAUCUACUACAUCACCAAGCAGAUCCUGCCUCCGCUCGCCAGGGUGUUCUCCCUUAUUGGCAUCGACGUCUUCAGCUGGUAUCAUGAGCUGCCACGGAUCCAAAAAGCUGCCUCGACUGCCCACGGAGAGCUAGAAGGACACAAAGGCACAAUCUCCCAGUAUUUCACGACAUUACACUGUCCCGUGUGUGAUGAACUGACCCAGUAUGGGAUCUGUAACAAAUGCAGAAGCCAGCCACAGCAUGUGGCAGUGAUCCUCAACCAAGAAAUCCGAGAGCUGGAGCGUAAGCAAGAACAGCUGGUCAAGAUAUGCAAGAACUGUACAGGCUGCUUUGAUCGACAGAUUCAGUGUGUCUCCCUCAACUGCCCCGUGCUCUUCAAGCUCUCCAGAGUACGCAGAGAACUGUCAAAGGCGCCCUACCUUCGCCAGCUGCUUGACCAGUUUUAAAUGAUCUGUGUUACAGGAUUCCAGGUGCUAUUUUUUUUUUUUCUUCAGUGUUUACCACACUAAGACUAUUGUGCAUGGUGCUUUUUCAAUUCUCAUCUAGUCCAGGAUUUCCAUUUUAACCGUUGGUUUUGUUAUCUGAAGAAUAAUGAACGCUUAUCCUAACUAAAUUAAUAAAAACCAACCACAUUUGUUUAUCUACAAAUAGCUCACUUUUUAAGAUGUACAAAUUUCUUCUUUCUUUCAUGUUUCUAACAUACUGUUUUAUAAUGCUGAUGUUGGAAUAGCUCUGUGUGUAACAUCCUGUAAAUCCAUUUCAAAGUAGAAGUCAAGUUUACUUCCUGGAGGAAGGAGCACUGAAAACCUCUUGAAACGAUAAAACCAUUAGUGUGUGUUCUUGAACUGUCAGUAUCAAGACGUGUUACUUAUAUAUUACCCAUUCACUUUAUAAUUUUGUCUGCGAAAUAUUUUGUAAAUACACUUUUUUACUUUUCAAACAACUGAGUAAAAUAAUGUGCAAUGACUUUUAUACAGAUAAUUUUAAAGUCGGUUGGUAUAUCUCCUCCUAAGUUUUGCUUGAUUCCAAGUAGAUCGUUACUUUGAUCAGACUGUGCAAGCAGUAGUACCAUGUGUAGCAUUUUGAAACAUUAUUUUCUAAAAAUUGCUGUCUUGCUUUAGCUAUUAAUGGGGCAUUGUGAGGAAUUGUGCAAAGACAUUUUUGUUACAAACCUGUGGGACUGUUGCAAUACUUUAAAUAUAAAAUUUUAUUCCAUUUUUGCUUGUUUUGUAUAGACAUUUCUAUUGCUUCUAAAUAUGCUUAAAAUAUUUUCUUUCCUUAUGUACUGUACAGUUAAAUCUUAUUUGCCACCAUCUUGACAAAAUGUGUAUUUAGAAUAUUUGUAUAACUGUAUAAAAUGGAAAAGGAAUUAUGUGGUCAGUGCAUUGUUUUCUAAACUGGAAAUCAUUUUGUUUUAGAAGUUAAUAAUGGAAACCAUAUUAAAGUUGAAUAAAAUGAUAUGGUAAAAA